CCCUCCUCCGAAGUCCAUCAGUUGAAAUUUUAACUUGGUACAGUGUGCAUCGCGGAAUUGAAUAACAAACAAAAAUUAAAAAUGGCUGACUUCUACUAUUUGCCCGGCUCUGCUCCAUGCCGCUCCGUCAUCAUGACCGCCAAGGCCGUUGGCGUUGAGCUGAACAAGAAGCUGCUAAAUUUGCAGGCUGGCGAGCACCUGAAGCCCGAGUUCUUGAAGAUCAACCCACAGCACACAAUUCCCACAUUGGUGGACAAUGGUUUCGCCCUCUGGGAGUCCCGCGCCAUUCAAGUCUACUUGGUGGAGAAAUACGGCAAGACCGAUUCUCUGUACCCCAAGUGCCCCAAGAAGCGCGCUGUGAUCAACCAGCGUCUGUACUUCGAUAUGGGAACUCUGUACCAGAGCUUCGCCAACUACUAUUACCCUCAGGUGUUUGCCAAGGCUCCCGCCGAUCCAGAGGCAUUCAAGAAGAUUGAGGCUGCCUUCGAUUUCCUCAACACUUUCCUGGAGGGACAGGAGUAUGCUGCCGGUGAUUCUCUCACCGUGGCCGAUAUUGCCCUGGUGGCUACUGUCUCCACCUUCGAAGUGGCCAGCUUCGAUAUCAGCAAGUACCCCAAUGUGAACAAAUGGUACGAGAACGCCAAGAAGGUCACCCCCGGAUGGGAGGACAACUGGGCCGGCUGCCAGGAGUUCAAGAAGUACUUUGAAUAAGCUAUUUAUUUGUGUUUUUUUUUUUAAAACGUACCAAGUAUUCUUUUAUAAUAAUUUAUUCAUGUUCACUCAAAUUUAUGAACUAUGUAUUAAAUGUGUGCUAAUUUGCAUUAGGCAAAUAACGUAAAAACAAAA